UCUUUGUCUCAGAAUGUUUGUGUGUGUUUAAAAGAGAAAGAGGAAAGGGAAGAAAGGAAAGAGAGAGAGAGAAAGAGUUACUGAUGUGUGUGUACGUGUGUUUGUGCGAUAUUCUUGUGUGGACACACCUUUGCUUGUUUUUGGACAACAAAAACGGUUGCAUAAUUCUCUUUUUAUGAUUACUGCUUUCAAGUCCGGAGACAAAGACACUCUCAGAUCCGCCAGGGCAUACCUGAACCGGGGCGUGAGAGCAGCCAAGCGUGCCUAUGGACAGAAAAUUCAAUCCCACUUCAUAGACACAAAAGACCCCAGGUGCCUGCGGUAAGAUCGACUACAGGUCCGGGCCAUCCUCAACGUGCGAGGACAACACUGACUUCAACAGACUCAACAUCUAAUUCAGCCGGUUUGAGAAAAACAACACGCCAACAAAAGCCCCUCCCGGCCCAGUCAACGAGAUACCUCAUCCUGACCCAGCUGACAUGGAGGACCCUGCUCAAGGUCAAACUGAGAAAAGCUGCAGAUGAGAGGCUACGUGAGACAACCAGGGACCAAAGAUGGACUCAAACCCCAGCUGAGAAAAAUCCACAAUCCUCCAAUGUCUCUCAACUCAACCAUGCCCAGCAGACACCAUGUAAUGACCAGAAUCAGGAGCCAGGAAGAGGAAUGGGGAGAACUUCACUGUUGUCUGACUCCUCCACAUCAACAGACCCCUCAGACACUGAACUGAGACUGGUGUUGGUAGGCAGAAGAGGGGCAGGCAAAAGUGCAACAGGAAACACCAUAUUGGGUAGAAAGCAUUUCCGCUCACAGCUCAGUGCAAGCUUAGUGACCAGAGCAUGUGAGAGAGUGCGUGCCACUGUGCGAGGCAGAAAUCUGAUGGUGGUGGACACACCCGGUUUCUCCAACCCUGUGCUAUCCCAGGAUGCCAUUGAACAGGAAGUGCAGAGAUGUCGUGAGCUGUGUUCACCCGGUCCUCAUGCAGUCCUGCUGAUCGUUCCUCUGGGGCGCCUCACAGAAGAGGAACGCAAGGCCAUCGACACAAUCCAGCAACUCUUCAGUAAUGAAGUACCCAGUUGCACCAUACUUGUCUUCACCCAUGCUGACAUGCUGAGGGGAGAGUCCAUCAAAGAUUUCAUUUCCAGACAGAGUCAGAGCAUCCAGGAGCUGGUAGAGAGGUUCAGUCACCGCUUUGUAGCCAUCAACAACAGAGACCCUGAAGAUGGAAGCCAAGUGGACCAGCUGCUGGAGAUGGUUGAGAAUCUGCGCAGACAGAGAAUGCUGCAUCUGGCCAACCUUGCCAGGCCAUUGCGAAUGGUACUUGUGGGCAGAACGGGCACGGGGAAAAGUGCCACGGGAAACACCAUCCUGGGGGGAGAGUAUUUCCGCUCAGACCUCAGCAUGACCUCUGUGACAGAAGAAUGCCAGAGAAAGGAUGCCACUGUGCAAGGGCAGGAUCUGGUCUUGAUUGACACGCCAGGCCUGUUUGAUACAUCACUCUCCCAGGAAGUUGUGGAACGUGAGAUUGUUCGCUGCCUUACAUUUUGCUGCCCUGGGCCCCAUGUAGUACUGCUAACUGUGCGUGUCGGAGGAUCCACUGAAGAAGACUUGUGUAGCAUUGACUUGAUCGAGAAAUUAUUCCAGGAAGACGUCAGGCGCUACAUCAUUCUCAUCUUUACUCAUGCAGACCUGCUGGAUGGAACUCAAAUCCAGGACUUCAUCAGACAAGAACCGAGACUCCGGGAGCUUGUAGAGAGGUUUGAUGGUCGCUAUCUGGCCUUUAACAACAUGGAGACAGAAGACCACAGUCAGGUGUCCCAGUUGCUGGAGAUGGUUGGCAGCCUUCUGGCUUGCAAUGAGAACCAGCACUUCACCAACCGUUUCUCACUGGCGAUAGAGCGGGCUGUGGCUGAGCUGCUGUCAGAGGCUAAAUCUUCUAGGUUCCAGUACUUUUACAGAUGGUGCCAAAGUCAUCCUUUUAUCACAGCCUCCCUUAUAUUAGGGGCAGGAGUCGGGCUGACAAUGGGGGCUCCCUUAGUGAUAGGUGCCAUGGCCCCUGCAGCAGUUGAAGUUGGACUUGGAGUACAACUGGCUAAUCUCAUGUUAUCGAUUGGCCUGGACAGCGUAGCUAUAAAUGCCAUAAUGAUGAAGCUAGCAGCUAAUGGCAUAAUAGGUGGGGCAACUGGGACAGGGGCAGCAGGUUUAGCAGGGACAGUUGGGGCAGUGCUUACUGCUGCUACAAAGUGUAGUAUACAGUAGUCUUGUGAUGCUAUUAUGAACACAAAUGUUUUCAUUAUCAUUGUGGACAUACAAAGACAAUGUACAAUAUACAAAAACAGCAAAGAGAGGACGUGGUAAUAUACAAAUUGUAUACAUAAAUAACAUUAAAAUCACAAUACAAUCUUCAUAUUACAAUAUUAUACUGCAUGUUAUUGGUAAAGUGUAGAACAACAUUUAGUGCAAUCAGACUUUCUUGACAUAAUGUCUCUUUAUUAUUGGAAUUUAUGAAGUAAGAUAUGUAGACUGUACACAUAAACACAUAUUGCACAUAUAUGCCCAUUGUUUUUCAGUUGUAAUAAUAUCACUAUCUCUUAAAAGCUUUCAUAAUACCUGAAGGUUAAUCAUGAAAAUGCAUGUUACAUCAUCAUUAUUCACAUAAUAUGUACACUCAAAACUGGCACAUACUUUAUGUGUUUCUAUCAGGCUAAAUAGAAAGGUGAGUCUCUUUAUAAAUGUUAUAGUCAACACCAGAGCUGUGGACACAUUGGGGAUGGCAUGUCCAUGUUCAGUACACAUCAGAGAGACAUCAUCUAAACAAGCCAUUUGGAGCCAAAUUGCAUAAAUGAAGCAUAUUACAAGAGAAAUGGUACUCAUUAAAAGACCUUGAUCUUG